AUGGAAGGACCCCCAUCAGGCGAAUCGAGCUCUCUACAAAUACCAGCAGCAAACACUGAAAAUCCAGCGGGUUUCAAAGGCGGUUUACCUGCUCAAAACGAUGAAGAAGAGCUUGUCUACGACUUUCAGGCAUUUAUCGCCCAGUUGAAGGACCCACAAGCAGACCCUGUUCUGCGAUACACGCGAUCAUUUUUGCAUAAUUUCACUACAAAGAAGGAUCUCUGGACUUGUGAGGAACAACAGAAACUGAUAGAUGACUUCAAACUUUUCGUAUAUGGGAAACUGGCGUUGUAUGAGCCUUUUAAAUCUUUGGACAGUGGGAAGCUUCUCAACGCUAAAGAGGGGAUUGAAAAACUGAUCAUGGGGAAGCUUUACGCCCGGUGCUUUUCGCCCUGUGUGGAAAACCGGUUUAACGAAAAAACCGAUAAAAGCCAUCGUGAAGACCUGGAACGCGAUGAGCAAUUGAGACUGAAAAGAGAUGAGUACAGUUUCAUAGAGCCUGAAAUGCUGGAAAUCCCCGAGUCUCUAACACAGCGUCUGUCCAAGUUCACACGACUUUCCGGGAGAGAACUGGCCCGCAUCAACGAGUAUAAGGCGCCCCGUGACAAAAUGGUAUGUGUGUUGAACGCAUGUCGUGUUUUGUUCGGGUUUCUGAAGCAUUCAGGGCUUGAAAAUGGCGGGGCCGAUGCUUUUGUCCCAGUCCUGGUGUACACGCUGCUGAAAAGCGACGUGCACGCAUUGUUUUCGAAUCUAAACUACACAGAGCGGUUCCGGUUUUCAGAGUUUCUGCGUGGCGAAAGUGCGUACUAUUUGAGCAGCGUUCAAGGAGCAGCAGAUUUUGUAACGCAUUUGGGACACCAGUCGCUCCACAUACCUGAUGAACUCGCUUUUGAAGAGCAGUACACCAAACAUCAGGAAUAUGUACUUGAACAGAGAAAAAAAUCCGCAAAAGAAUCAGCCACGGAACCCGACACUGGCCCUCUCAAAGAUACAGUGGUUUCUACUGCCAGUCACACUCCUGCGCCUUCAGAGUAUAUCCGUCGACCUCUAGACGAAGCGACAUCUGCAAUUCUUUCCAAAGUUUCUGAGCUAUUCAUUUCCUCGCCCCCAGCUGAAACUACCGAUAACCAGCAGGAGCGAUCUCCGUCGGCACGGCUGUCAGGCGAACAGAGCCAAGAGCCGGACCCUGCCGUCCUCGUACAGGAACUACAACGACAGGAAAAUCAGCGUGUGUUGGACGAACUGCACCUAAUGUUCCCGGAUAUGGAUCAAGAUCUAAUUCAGGAUGUGUGUGAAGCCAAGAAGUACCGAAUCGGUGUGUGCGUUGACGUCCUACUGACCUUGUCGUCCUAA